GGUGUCAUGAAAAAUAUUUUCCAACACUGGAUGAGUACAUGAGUGUAGCAUUGGUUACCAGUGCGUACCAAUUGUUAACCACAACAUCUUUUGUAGGAAUGGGAGAUGUUGCAACCAAAGAAGCCUUUGAAUGGUUAUUCAGCUACCCUAAGGUUUUGAAGGCUGCCUCAAUAAUUUGCAGACUCAUGGAUGACAUAGUGGGUCACAAGAGAGGACAUGUUGCCUCAGCAAUUGAAUGUUACAUGAAGGACCAUGGUGUUUCGGAAGAAGAGACACUUAAAGUGUUUCGUGAGCAAAUUGCAAAUGCAUGGAAAGAUAUAAAUGAAGCUUUCCUUAAACCAACUGCUUUUCCACUGCCUCUGCUUGAACGGAUUCUUAAUUUUACACGUGUAAUAGAGCUUCUUUACAAAGAUGAUGACUGCUACACCAAUUCUUAUUUGACAAAAGACCAUGUUGCCUCAUUGCUCAGGGACCCCGUACAGCUCUAAAGUUUACUACCAUUCAUCAAUUACCUUCUAUGCGUAUCUACUGUGUUUUCAAGCAAUAAUAAA